GAACUUUGUCUCAAGAAUUUGCUUAUGAACCUCUAGAAAGACCAAAAAAGAAAAAGAAAAAGAAACACAACCCUCUUUGUUUGAUGAUAUACACUUUGCUAUAACAUGGAAACAAUAUCUAAAUUCGAAAUUCCCACCACAAAAGUAGAGCCGUUCGAAUACAUCCCAAUGGAUUCCUCCGACAAUUCCUCCUUUAAUUCGUCGGAGUCAUCAUUAAACCCAUCAUCAUGGGAAAGGGAUUCCGACAACCUCGUAGCUUCCCUUCCUUUCAACGAGAACGAUUCCCAAGAAAUGCUCCUGUUGGGCGUCCUGGCGGAGGGAGAGCAGCUGCAAGCGAAGGAGAACGACGAAGUGAAUUCCACACCGGAGCGGAAAGGAAAGCCCGCGGGGGAAAAGGCGUACCGGGGCGUCAGGCGGCGGCCGUGGGGGAAGUUCGCGGCGGAGAUAAGGGAUUCCACAAGGAACGGCAUAAGGGUGUGGCUGGGGACUUUCGACACCGCGGAAGCAGCAGCUCUGGCGUACGAUCAGGCCGCGUUAUCCACUCGGGGGCAGGCGGCGGUCCUCAACUUCCCGGUAGAGAGGGUGCGGGAGUCCUUGAUGGAGAUGAGGUGUUGCAUUGAUCAGGAGGCGGAGUGCUCGCCGGUGAUGGCUUUGAAGAGGAAGCAUUCCAUACGGCGGCGGGGAGGCGGCGGGAGGAAGGGGAAAGGGAGGGAAGUGAAGGUGGUGUUUGAGGACUUGGGUGCUGAUUACUUGGAGCAGCUUUUGAGCAGUUCCAGUGAAAAAGCUAGCACUAGUUUUUUUUGUUUCUAAACAAUAUUAUUUAUUUCAGUUCAAUCCCUAAACAAUUAUUAUUUAUACAUUUGGUCCCUAUA